UUAAAAUUGUGCCCCUAUAUUACUUAUUUUAUCGUUCUGUCCUAUUUAAUUUAAACUUGUAAAAUAUUUAAAAAAGAAAUAGAGUUUUAUAAAUUAGCACAAUUUUGGACGAAUCGAACUACGCCUACGUGAACAUAAAAUUUUACGGUUAAAGUAGAUAUUUAGAGUUGUUUUACUUUUAAGUUACUUUCAAUCUUUAUAUUUUAUCUAAAUUAUCUCCUUAGAUCAUUAUUUAAACCUAUUUAUAAACAUUUAUAAAGAAAUUAUGGCUAGAUAUCAACAUUAUCAAAGACGAUAUAAAGGUUACAGCGAUUUAAGAAAUUUCUUGGAUGAUAAACACCAAAGAGGGGAAGAACCUAAUUCUGCUCCAUGUGAUCCUCCUUCUUUGCUUCGAGACCCACUACGUGGUGACAAUCUGCAAAAUUAUAAUAGACUUCCUAGAAAUGAUAUUUAUCGCGGUCGAGGACGUUUUCAAAGACGCCCCAAUUACAAUGCAAAUUAUACAAGACCCAGAGGGUAUAAUAAUAACCCAAGGGGUUAUAAUACCUCAAGGGGUCAUCCAUCGAGAUUACCCACAAAUCCCACGAAUAUAAAAAUCGAAUUUUCAACUGAAUCAGGAGAACGAAAAUAUCAAAUUGAACCAGAAAAUGAUAUUUCUGAUAAAUUUAACGCUGGAGAUCGGGGAAGAGGAGGUACUAACUACAGGAAUAGAUAUGGGGGGUAUCGCCACGGACGAGGGCAUCGUGGGUAUUAUUAUAGAAGAUCAAAAAAUGACCAAAAAAUUAAUUCUGAAAAUUCCCAAAAUGCCCCACAAGAAGUUGAUAAUAAAAAAGUGGAAGAUGAGGAAAAUUGGGAUAUUCCUGUACAUGUAGAAGAACAAAAUCAAAAAGAAUUAGAUUUAAAAGAAGAUGUUAUAAAUAAACUUGAAGAGUAUCAUGACGACAGAGAUGACACUCUUUAUGUUGAAGGAGAAUAUUUAGAUGAAGAUGAAUAUUAUGAAGAGGAUGAAGUACAAGAAAACGUUAUUGAAGUGCAAUCUGAACUAGAAGAAAAGGAAAAAAUUGAAGAUACUAAAUCAGAGGAAAAAGUGGAAGAAAAAACUGACGAAGAGAAACUAGGUUUGGAAAGUGAAAGUAACAAAAAUAAUGAUGAUAAAAAUGAUGUUAAAACUAAUUCAAAAGAUGAUUUGAUUGUUACGGAAGCCUUAAAAGAAUCAAAAUGUGAUACUAAAGAUGCAAAAGGAUCACAAGAUGAAUCCAAAGAUUCAAAACAUGAUUGUAAAAGUCCUGAUGUAAGUGAAAAUAAAAAGGAAAUUGAAUCCAACAAGAAUUAAAGGUGGAUUUGGAACGUAAAUAACUUAAAUUAAUUUGAAAUAAUCAUUUCUUAAAAAAGAAAUUGUUCUGUUAUAGAUUUUAUU